UUGAAUGCUUGUUGGUUGAAAAUUUAGGAAGUGAGGAUCAAGUAAUAAGUGAUAUGGCUAAGAACAUGAAAGCAAAAUUUGACAAGUAUUGGGAUGACUAUAGUGUAAUACUUGCAAUGGGAGCUAUUCUUGAUCCAAGGUUGAAGUUACAAUUUGUGGAAUAUUGUUAUAAGAAGCUUGAUCCAUUUACUUGUCAAGACAAGAUUGAAGGGAUAAAGAAGAAAUUAUACUUGUUAUAUGAUGAAUAUAAGAAGAAGAGUGAUGGUUUUUCAUCUUCUAGAGUUUCUACUUCUCAAUUACAAGACUAUUCAAUCUAUUCGACAAUAACUAUUUGUGGAGUAAGAAGUGGAGGAUUGGGAAGUAUGGGAGGAUCGGGAAAAUUGGAUGAAAAUCUUAUUGGUGAUUAUGUUGAUUAUCGUCAUCCAAACCAAGGUGGAAUUGGUAGUGGGGAUACAAAGUCUAAUUUAGACAAAUACUUGGAAGAUGAUCAACUAAAUCAAUUGGGUGAUAUAGAUGUGCUAUCAUAUUGGAAAGAAAAAGAACACCGCUAUGGGGAGCUUGCUAAAAUGGCAUGUGAUGUGCUUUCUAUUCCUAUUACAAGUAUAGCAUCCGAAUCCGCCUUUAGCAUUGGAGCUCAUAUCUUGAACAAAUAUAGGAAUCGGCUUCUUCCAAAGAAAGUACAAGCUCUUAUUUGUGCACGUAAUUGGUUACAUGGAUUUUCUAUAAAUGAUGAAAGUGAAGAUGAAGAUGAAGAUGAAGAUGAUGAAGUUGUAGUUGGAGCUUCAAAUCUUGGAGGGGAAGAAUAAGGGAAUAGAAGAUUUGAUAAAGUGCACUUUAAUCUUUGUUGUGAAUUUGUGGCUUA